AUGUCGACGAUCACGGAAAUCACCAGUCUGGCCGACUUUGAGAAGCACAUUGCUUCCACACCGCCUUCCACCCUCCACAUCAUCUCGUUUCACGCACCAUGGGCCGCCCCAUGCGCCCAGAUGGCGACCGUCCUCGCAACCCUUGCCUCCGAGUACCCCGUCACCAGCCCCCCGCAGACAUCCUGGGUUUCCAUAAACGCCGAAGAGCUUAGCGAGAUCAGCGAGACCUACAACGUCACCGCCGUCCCCUUUCUCGUCCUCCUACGCAACGGCCAGGUUCUUGAGACAGUCAGCGGCAGUAGCGCCGUCAAGGUGCGCAACGCGAUCGAGACACACGCGAAGAAGCCUGCUGCCGGCGCCACCGGCACGGUGAAUGGGAACCAGGGCGUCGAGAACGGCCCCAGCGCCGCCGCGCCGGUGGAGGAGACUGUUGAUCCAGCCAAGGCCAAGGAGGAGCUGUUCAAGCGUCUGGCGGACCUCGUCAAAGCCGCCCCCGUUAUGCUCUUCAUGAAGGGCACCCCCAGCUCGCCCCAGUGCGGUUUCUCAAGACAACUUGUCGGCAUCCUGAGGGAGAACUCUGUCAAGUACGGCUUCUUCAAUAUUCUGGCGGACGAUGAGGUACGACAGGGCUUGAAGGAGUACGCCGACUGGCCUACUUACCCUCAACUCUGGGUCGACGGCGAGCUGGUUGGUGGUCUUGAUAUUGUCAAGGAGGAAAUUGCCAAUAGCCCUGACUUCUUUGGCCCCUACAGCACCAAGGCCAACGCAGAGGCUGCCGCUACCUCGUAA